GGUUAUUCUUGCCCUGGGUUCAGGUCAGUGGCAGCCGCCCUGGCCCUCGUCAGCCUCAAAGAACAGCCCCGGGGUGUGUGACAGCCGCCGCGUUGGAUGGGGGGGAAGCUGCCAGCGGAUCACCAUGCCGUGCUCAGCAAGGGAAUGGAGGAUGAAAUGGACAUAUUUGGCUACAAAACCCAGGGCUUCCGGAAGGCCCUGUGCAUCGCCGGGUACAUCCUGUCCUGCGGUGCCCUCCUGCUGGUGUUCUAUUGGAAGCCGGAGUGGGACGUGUGGGCAAACUGCGUGCCGUGUGGCCUGGAAGUGGCGGACGUCGUCUUGCUCAGAUCCACAGAUGAGUUUCAACGAUACACUAGGAAGAAGGUGAUCUGCCUUGACUUGUCGACUAUCCUGGGCAGUGAGAAACUGGAUCACGUCCUCAGUACAGACAAGGAUUCUGUCAUAAGCAAAGCCAUAAAGAAGCCUUGCUUGAAAGUGAAAUACAUCCAGGUGCAAAAGAUCCGCUAUGUCUGGAACCUCUCUGAAAAACAGUUCAGCAGAGUGGGGUCACUUGAGGACAGCAACACUUGUUAUGAAAUACACCAUAAAUUUGGAGACGGCCUGACAGAGAGACAGAAAGAUCUCAGGAGGUUGGUGUGUGGACCCAAUACCAUUGAAAUUGAAAUUCGCCCAAUCUGGAAACUGCUUUUUAAAGAGAUUCUGAACCCUUUUUAUGUGUUCCAAGCCUUCACCCUGAUUCUCUGGCUGACCCAGGGGUACCUGGAGUACUCUAUUGCCAUCAUAAUUCUGUCCAUCAUCUCCAUUGCCCUCACCGUGUACGACCUACGACAGCAAUCCGUCAAGCUACACAACCUGGUGGAGGAGCACAACCGGGUCCAAGUCACCGUCUGGACUAAGCAUAAAGGUGGCUCUAAGUUGGAAUCCUGUCACUUGGUGCCAGGAGAUGUCCUUCUCCUAGAGAGCCACAAGUUCUCUCUGCCCUGUGACGCCAUCCUCAUCGAGGGGAGCUGCGUGGUCAACGAGGGCAUGCUCACAGGCGAAAGUGUUCCAGUGACGAAGACGUCCUUGUCCGACAUAGACAACACCAUGCCCUGGAAAAAACACAGCGUCGAGGAUUACCGGCGGCAUGUCCUCUUUUGUGGCACAGAGGUCAUCCAGACCAGGCGGGCGGGCCCCGGGCCAGCCAGAGCGGUGGUGCUGCAAACCGGCUUCAACACCGCCAAGGGAGACCUGGUGAGAUCCAUCCUCUACCCGAAGCCGCUGAACUUCCGACUCUACCGGGAGGCCUUCAAGUUCAUCGUGUGCCUGGCCUUGAUUGGGAUCCUGGGGCUGGUGUACGCGGCCUGCGUGUACGUGAGCCGCAAGCAACCCGCGUCCAGCACCGUGGCGAUGUCGCUCCUGCUGCUGACGAUCGCCGUGCCCCCCGCCAUCCCGGCGGCCUUGACCACGGGCAUCGUUUAUGCCCAGAGGAGGCUGACGAAGAAGAAGAUUUUCUGCAUCAGCCCUCAGAGGAUCAACAUCUGCGGGCAGAUCAACCUGGUGUGCUUUGACAAGACUGGCACCCUGACAGAGGACGGCCUGGAUCUCUGGGGCGUCAUCCCGUGCCAAAAAAAGAGUUUCCAGGCCGUUCACAGCUUCUCUGGCUCUCCUCUGCCCUGGGGGCCGCUCUGCAGAGCCAUGGCGACCUGCCACUCCCUCUUGCUUUUGGAUGGGAAGCUUCAGGGGGAUCCACUGGACCUGAAGAUGUUUGAAGGCACCAACUGGGAGAUGGAAGAGUCCAGACCAGAGGUCGAUAACGCCUGUGCCCCACAGACCUGUGUCAUCGUUAGGCCUGGACCUGCCGCUUCCCAGGCUCCCGUGGAAGGAAUCGCGAUUCUGCACCAGUUCCCCUUCUCCUCCUCUCUGCUGAGGAUGUCCGUCAUCGCACAAGAACUGGGGAAGGACGCCUACGACCUCUACACGAAGGGCGCCCCGGAGCUGGUGGCCAGCCUUUGCAAACCAAUGACCGUUCCAACAAACUUCGAAAAGGAGCUUAAAUGCUUCACGUCGCAAGGCUUCCGAGUCAUUGCUCUAGCACACAAGGAGCUCUCUGUGCGGAAAGGCAUGGGCCUGGAUAACCUGAACAGGGAUAAGAUGGAGUCUGGCCUGACCUUCUUGGGUCUCCUGGUCAUGGAGAAUCGGCUGAAGAGGGAGACCAUGCCAGUCCUGGAGGAACUCAGCGCCGCCCGCAUCCGCAGCGUGAUGGUCACAGGUGACAACCUCCAGACCGCCAUCACAGUCGCCAAGAACUCUGGCAUGAUCCCCAGCAGCAGCAAAAUCAUCCUUGUGGAAGCCAGUGAGCCCGAUGAGCCCGAUCCAGCGUCCAUUACCUGGCAGCUGAUGGAGGACGAGCAUGCAAGCAUGCAGCAGGUCCAGAAUCCCCAAAUUACCAUUGAGGACGGGCCCGACAGUGACUUCCACUUCGCCUUGAAUGGGAACUCCUAUCACGUCCUUGUGAAAUACUUCAACGAUGUUCUGCCAAAGAUACUUGUGAACGGAACAGUGUUUGCCAGGAUGUCUCCCGGGCAGAAGUCCAGCCUUGUUGAAGAAUUUCAGAAACUGGAUUACUACGUGGGGAUGUGUGGAGAUGGAGCCAAUGAUUGUGGGGCUUUAAAAAUGGCCCACGCGGGGAUCUCCCUUUCGGAGCAGGAGGCCUCCGUGGCUUCGCCCUUCACCUCCCAAACCCCCAACAUUGAGUGCGUUCCAGAACUCAUAAGGGAAGGCCGCGCCUCCCUCGUGGCGUCCUUUGCAGUGUUCAAAUACCUGACCCUUUACGGCAUGGUACAGUUCAUCAGCGCCGCUCUGCUUUUUUGGCAAAUACAGAUCUUUGGGAAUUACCAGUACCUCAUACAAGAUGUCUGCAUUACCCUCGUCGUGUGUCUCACAAUGAGCCUGACCCACGCCUACCCCAAGCUGGCCCCCUACCGCCCUCCUGGGAGGCUGCUCUCGCCCCCCCUGCUGCUGUCCGUCAUCCUCAACGUCUGCUUCGCCCUCAUCGCCCAAGUCUUUGCCUUCCUGUAUGUGAAGCAGCAGCCCUGGUACUUGAGGCUGCGCAGUCACAGCGGUUGCCCCAUAGGCAACCAGCCCCUGCUCCUGGGCAACGGCUCCGCCAACUCCACGCUCCAGGAGCACGGCGUGUUGAGCUACGAGGGCACCACCCUCUGGCCCCUUGUGACCGUCAACUGCAUCAUCGUGGCCUUUGUCUUCUCCAAGGGGAAGCCGUUCAGGAAGCCCGUCUACACCAACUAUAUAUUCUCCAGCCUGCUGUGCGCCCAGCUUGGAGUUUCUCUUUUUCUUUUCUUUGCUGACAUUGACGCUGUGUACAGGGGGAUGGAGCUUCUCUGCACCCCAAACAUCUGGAGGGUUUACGUGCUGAUUAUGCUGUUGGUCAUGUUUGCCAUCUCGUUCUUUGUGGAGGAUGCUGUCCUGCAGAACCACCGCCUCUGGCUGCUGAUCAAGGCCCUGUUCCGAUUCCGUUCCUCGAGUCAGUACCGGAAGCUGCAGCGGCAGCUGGAGAGGGAUGCGACGUGGCCCCCCGUGAACCGAAGGGACUUUGCAGAAGCCAGAAGGAGCGAGGCCUACAUCAACCCCAUCUAUGAAGACGACGAAGCCGAUUAGCUGGCAGGCCGCGGGCGG